AUGGGAUUUGCCGGACUGGUCAUAGCUGGUGCUCUGGCCACUGGUGCCACCGCGAUAACGGCCAUUUGUGUACCGUUUGUUACUCCGGCACUACGUAGCAUCUGCAUUCCCUAUGUUCCAGCAACACCACAACAGCUGAGCAAUGUGGCCAAGGCGCUGUCGAAAUGUCCCAGCCAAGUCUCUCCUCUUGUCGACUUGGGUAGCGGCGAUGGACGUGUUGUGAGCUUGUUCUUUCUCCUUUCCUAA